UAGCAUUUACUGUUGCUUGACAGCCCAACGCCGCUAGGACCUUUUUAGCCGCCACACGUCCCCAGGAAGAUACACCCAACAAACGGCACAAGCUCCGGCGGCCGCACGGUCUUCUUCCUUCCAGACCCCAAUUCAAGCAGAGGAGGAGGAGGAGCACCGGGGCUCUAGAACCUUUCAGCCAGAGACCCCUCGGCAGAGGCGGGAGGCAUGUGGGGGCGCCACUACUGGGCGGGCCCGCGGCCGAGCGGCGGCGGCGCCGAGGGAGCGGAGGUCGCCGGCGGAGUGGUGGUGAUGUUCGCGUGGCUGUCGAGCCAGGAGCGGCACGUGCGGGCGUACGUAGAGCUGUACGCGGCGCUCGGGUGGGCUUGCCUCGUCUGCCACUCCGACUUCCUCACGCUGUUUAUGCCCGACAAGGCAGCCGUGCUUGCUGACCGGGUGCUCACCGAGCUCGUUAAGGAACUGAAGGUUAGACCAGUACCUGUUGUGUUUGCAUCCUUUUCGGGAGGACCAAAAGGUUGUACAUACAAGGUUUUUCAGCUGAUCGAGAGAAGGUGUGAAGGCCAACUGACUUUGGGCGACUACCAACUUGUACGGGACUGCGUAUGUGGACAAAUGUACGACUCAAGUCCUGUAGAUUUUGUGAGUGAUCUAGGCACUCGCUUUCUCCUUCACCCAAGUGUCCUGAAAAUUCCUGAACCUCCACGUGUCCUAUCAUGGAUGACUAAAGGAAUUGCCUCGGGUCUAGACACUCUUUUCAUUGGCAAGUUUGAAGCACAGCGCAAAGAAUAUUGGGAAACACUAUACUCAUCAGUGCAUGUUGGCCCAAUACUCAUAUUAUGUUCGGAGGAUGAUGAACUUGCUCCAUGCUCAGUUGUUCAAAAUUUUGGACGACGUCUGCUGGAGCUGGGUGGUGAUGUGAAUUUUGUUAAAUGGCACAGUUCUGCACAUGUAGGACAUUACAAACAUCACGCUGAGGAAUACCGUGCUGCAGUGACUGAGCUGCUCAUGAAGGCUUCAGCGCUUUACAUGAGCAGAAGACGAGUUAACGACUACGUGAUUGGCAGGAGUGAGCACAGUGAUACACCUUAUUCGGCUAGCAAUGUCCAUAAAACUGCUACGAGCUCAAGCGAUAGGAUAAGGAGUGUCCCAGCUGAUCCAGCCGACCAUUUCUUCUUACCGAGUUCCAUGGAGUACCAAGAAAGCGGCAGCGAAGCUCCAAAACUUGAGUUGUUCAACAUGCCGAGCGUCGAAAGCAUGAACCAUGAUGGCGUGUUGGGGAAGAUGCUCUAUGAUGUAUGUGUCCCGAAGGACGUGGAAGGCUGGGACUUCAAGCCUGCGUCAAUAGAUGGACGGCAUAUGCAUUUUACGGCUCGCCGGAAUGGUAGCUUGAAUCCGGUAAAAUGCAUACGCCGCUCGAGAUUGUAAUGAUUGACUUGAACAUCUCAGCGCGUUCUAGCUGACUGGUGUAUACUGCGGGAGUACUCUUGUUUGAUGGAUACUGGUGAGAAUUUGAGAUACCUAGAA